AACUAUCUACCCACUUUCAAUUUCCAUUUUUAAAGAAAUAAAUUUCUCCAGGGAAAUUACAGGAAAGUGUAAUUUGGGGACAGCAAGACAGAACUGGUAAUGGCUUCAGUAAGAAAUCUACCUUAUGGGUUUGGUGCAAAUUACGAGACUGUAAUAAAGAUAAUUGGAAGCAAAUAUGUCCGAUGCCUUGUAGAGAAAAGUGAUGGGAAAGCAAAGGAGAUUGUGAAACCUGAGGCACAGUCCAUGCUCCAAACUUUAUCUCUGCAUAAUAUAAGACAGAGAAAUGGAAAAUUUCCAGACCACAAUAAGCCAUCUGGUCAGCAAAUCAAUAAUGGUGUGAAUAUUGAAUCUCUGAACAAAAAUGGAGUGGAAAAAUAUACAUCCAAACAAACAGAAAUAAAUGUUGUCAAAUCUGUGGACAACAAAGAAUUAAAACCACCGAAUUUAUACUGUGUUACUGCACCCUGUGGAGAUAAGUCUUUAUCUUAUAUUCACUCUAUCAAAAAAACAUCUUUUGAAGCUCAGAAAUCAAAAGCAUUUCAAAAACAGGACGUUCUACCAGAGGAUGAGGAUGAUUCUCUUCUAGUUCUGCUCAGAAAGGAGUUUGAGUUGCAUCCUAUAAGUCUCAAUGCUUUGGCCAGCCUGAAUGAAGAGCUCAAGGAGACGGAUCUCAAGAAAUCAGGAUUUCUGUCCCAGGCCCAGCUGAGCACCCUGCUUCUCAAACAUGAUGUCCCGCUACAAUUACCAACUGUGAAACUGCUUUUCAAGAGGUGUUCACAAGCUAAUGACCAAAAACUGAUAGAUUAUGAAAAAUUGAUCCAGUUAUUAACACUACAGGCAUCGGGCAAAAUGCAACAUAUCCUUCCUGAGAAGAAUCAAAAUAAAAAGAAUCCAAG